UACUUUUCAUAUACAUUAGAUUAGAUCGACCCCCCUCCCCCAGUGUAGACCAGGCCUUAGAGUGAACUCUUCCCCUCCCUUCUCCAUGUACCAACACAUACAAACACACUUCCUAACAAGAGUUUCACUAUAACUACUUUUUGGUGGCCCUGCCUACUAAUUCUCCUGCUUAGGAACAUCAUAGCUUCUUCCCUCUUCACUCCAGAGAAGUAUCAGGAAAUUCCAGCAGCUAAAGAGAGAGGGCAGCAGUGCUGCAUGCAGCAGCGCAUUAGACCUGCCCAUGUCAUGUCAUGGAUAAGUUUAAAACAGGAUCAUAGAGAGAAGGAGCAAGUAAGGUGUGUGAAGGGAAGGUCUCCAUCUUCCCUGCUGACUGCCAAUGGAGCCACUUGCCCACCAGGCCUCCAGUCUUUCCCUUCUCCCUACAGGAUUAUUGUUCAAAAUAUUUCAGUGGGCAACUCUAGAGCUUCCAAAUUACACAUCUUAGUUAUUGCAGCUCAGGGCCAGGCACAGAGGAAACUUAAAGCCAGAAAAUUGCGAGAAGAAAAGGAGGAAGAAGAAAGAAAACUACUUGAUCUGGAGGAAGCACAGUUUCAAGCAGCAAAGCGGAAGGAGGCCAUAGAACAGGCCAAAACGUAUCAAUAUUAUCAGAAUGAGAGAGUGAAAGGGUUACAUAAAGCACUUUUACUUACUGAGGUCCUAAAGGAAAGAGAUGCUCAGAUUGAAUUUAAAAAGACAAAGCCAGAUAUUUACAAAAAAAAGGAAGAAGAAAUGGAACGUGAGUGUGAAAAAGCUAUUCUGAAAGAGCAGGAAAAGGCAUAUGAACGCUAUAUGAAUCGACAGGCACUUUGCAGAGACCACCUGGAACAAAUAAAGGAACAUAAGCACCAAGCAGAAUUAGACAAAUUAGAGGCAAAAAAAGAAGGCGAAGAGAUUCAAAGACUGACCAAGUUAUAUGAAUUGGAAGUGCAGAGAGAAAAUGAAAAGAAACUGGAGGAAAAACUUGAACAUAGGAGGAUGCAUUGUGCACAUGUUGCUGACCAGGAUAUUCUGAAAGCUGUACAGGAACAAAAGCAAGAAGAGGAGAAUGAUAAAAUUCGAGCUCACUUUAAAGCAAAACAAAAUAUGGCCAAACUGAGAAGAGAAAAAGAAGCUGAAAUGAACAGGUUAAUGCAGGAGCGUAGGGACAUCACUACUAACCAUCUAGCUGCACAGAUGAAACAGACAUUUGAGAGGAUAGAUGAACGUGUUGCUAGAGAUGUUGCAGAGAGAGAAGCUGAAUGGGAAAAAGAGCUCAAAGAGAGAGAAGAAAAAAACAAAGCUGAAUUGAAAUCAAUCGCAGAACACAGAGCCACUGUGAUAAAAAUGAAAGGCGAGAGAGAGAAAGAGGCGAUACUAGAGGGUAAAGAAAAGCUUCGUGAACUAAUGGAAGCAGACCGCAUCUAUCUGGAAAUGGAGAAAGACAAGAAACGAAGAAAUCGCAAUGAAAACAUAAAAAUGCAAAAGACUCAAAUCCAGCAAAUGGCUGAAAAACGGGCAAAAGAACAGCAUGAGAAACAAGCAGAAUUGGACUAUGAGGCCCAGAAAGAAGUUAUUACUAUUUGCAAGGAGCAGGAAUUUCAAGAAUAUGCAAAUCAAGUAAUUGAUUCAGAAUCCAAGACAACCCUAAAUAUUUAUCCUCUUCUCAAAGCAGCAAAGGAAGGCCACGGUGGUGGCCAUGGACCAGUUUACAGAGAAAGAGGAGGAAUAAGGCCUAGUUACCAAGCACGAGAUAUCAAUGGCACUCAGCUACCUUCUUAUAAUUGUAACACUACUGAAGAAAUAAAAGAGCUAAACACCAAUGGUAAUAUCCAGCAAGCUAAGGGAAGACUAGGUUUUACAUGGUAAAAAUAACUCUUUGAAGUCUUUACAAAAAGAAGUCCAAUAAAUCGGUAAAUGAUCCAUGUUGUAUGAAACCCAUGAAAGGAACUAGAAAAGCCAUAAGUACUCCAUGGAAAGUUGAUAGGGAUCCAAGUGUAUUUUCCUAAACAUUAAAAGUUGUAUUUUACUAAAGUUACUAUGUUAAAUCAAAUAUACAGGCAGAACUGAAUGAUGUACUGUUUAUAACCAGUGUAGAACCUUACUUAUAUACAAGGUCUCAUUAAAAAAACAGAAUAUUUUGAUUUCA